UUUCUGGCUCCGACCAUUGUUUAAUUAUUCCGAAGAUUUAAAUUUACAAAAAAAAUUUUGUUCCUCUAAUUGCACACUUGGCUUUGACCAUAUUUAUGUUGUCCAUCUUGACUAUCGAGCGGAUAGACGUGAAAGAUUAGAUGAAAUAGCUUCAUAUCUUGGAUUAGAUUUCGAUUAUUUUUCUGCCUUUUCUAAACACGAUGAACAUAUUCUCCACAAGUAUGGUUCCGCAGAUAUGAGCCCUCCUCAAAAGGCUUGUUAUCUAAGUCAUUAUUCUGUCUAUAAACUGAUUGUUGAUAAGGGAUAUAAUAGCGUCUUAAUUUUAGAAGAUGAUGCUGAUUUUGAACUUAACAUUACUGCUAUUAUGACUGAUAUUCAUCAUGACUUACCCGAUUCUUGGGAAACGUUAUACUUAGGCCAUUGCUAUGAAUAUAUCGGUGAACAAGUCGGAAAAAAUUCUUCUGUCCAUAGAUUAUAUAAGUCUGUGUUUCCAAUGUGCACGCAUGCUUAUGCUGUUUCGUAUUCUGGCGCUCGCAAGCUAGUAGGACUACUUGAUCCUAUGACUCCACGUGGAACGGUUGAUUAUUCUCUUGCGGUAGUAAUUAGUGAAGGAAGCAUCUCUUCAUAUAGUGUUCACCCACAACCUAUUGUGCAAUGGAAAGCUGAUGACAAUCCAGCUGAUAUCCCUGAUUCUCUUCGACUAGAAUUUAGUUUAUUGAAUUCAACUUUACGCUUUCUUGGGCAUAAUUAA